ACAACAGCGAUAUAUUGUGCUGCCGGUAAUUUAAGGGUAAGAAUAUCAUCGUGCGUUGCCAUAUUUCCAACCUGAUGUUUUGGUAAAUUCUUGUCUGGAAAGACCGAAAAGAAGAGAGAUUGAGGAGAUGUCGAGAAGAAGGGCGUUUUUACGCAGUUUCUCCGGUGCUUCAAUUUCGAUCGAUUUCUUCGGUGAGUCGCGUAGGCGGAUGCGGGAGGAUUUGGAGGCAGCGCCGCUGCCGUCAGGUGUGGAGAGGGAAGAGCUCGCGGCCGCUGGAUUUCUCGGAGUGGAGAAAGAUGGUUGGUCGCGAAUGCUUCCUGAGCUGAUGGUGGAUAUCAUAGGGAGGGUGGAAGCGAGUGAAGAACGUUGGCCCCUGCGGAAGAACGUGGUUUCCUGCGCUUGCGUAUGCCGGAGGUGGAGGGAGAUCACCACUGGUGUUGUCGGAUCUACUAAAGACACCGGAAAGAUCACUUUCCCUUCCUCCCUUAAGCAGCCGGGUCCGAGUGAUUUACCUAUCCAGUGCUUUAUUAAGAGGAACAAGAAGAACUCAACGUUCUAUCUCUAUCUUAGUUUAACCCAGACAUUUAUGGGCAAGGGAAAGUUUCUAUUGGCAGCACGGAGGUUUAGACGGGGGUACCGUACUGAAUAUAUGAUUUCCCUUGAUGCUGACGAUCUCUCUCAAGGAAGCAAUGCAUACAUGGGGAAAUUGAGCUCUGACUUCCUGGGUACACACUUUACAAUCUACGACAGCCGGCCACCAUAUGAUGGAGCAAAAGCAUCAAGCAGCCGAGCAAGUCGACGAUUUGCGAGCAAGCGAAUCAGCCCGCAGGUCCCUGCUGGAAACUUUGAGAUCGGCCAAGUUGCCUACAAAUUCAACCUUCUAAAGUCCAGGGGACCAAGAAGAAUGCAUUCCACAUUAUUGUGUUCUGAUGGAGAGACCACAAGGGAGAAUGAUCUUAAUAAGUUGGCAAAUGCCACUAAGAGUGGUUCAAGCUCCAUUGUUCUCAAGAACAAGGCACCACGGUGGCACGAGCAUCUCCAGUGCUGGUGCUUAAAUUUUCACGGUCGUGUUACUGUAGCUUCAGUGAAGAACUUCCAGCUAGUUGCAGCUGCAGACCCAAGUCAGCCAGGAGCUGCUGUGGAAGAAGAAACUGUGUUGCUCCAGUUUGGAAAGGUUGGGGAUGAUUUGUUCACCAUGGAUUACAGGGAACCCCUUUCAGCAUUCCAGGCGUUUGCCAUAUGCCUUACAAGCUUUGGCACUAAGCUAGCUUGUGAAUAAAUCAAACUUUGUCUUAUUACUUGCUGCUGCUUGUGAUUGACUCUGGAGUUUGGGUGCUAUAGGGCCUUUUUUUUUUUUUUUUUAAAUUUCUUAUAAUUUUGAUCUUUUUAUAGUUUGUCAGGUUUAUAUUUCAAGACUAAGUUGGCUUGUAUCUUUUACUCAACAUUCUGGAGCUGGCUUGUUUUGAGCUCUGUAUAUAAAUGGAUUCUGUACCAGACCUUUAUUUAAGAACAUGCCCAAUCUUAAUUUGUUAUAUGCAAA